AUGAAUGCGAAAAAACAACAAAGUGCUAGUAGUUCUGAAUCAUCAUCAACAAGUAGUUCUAAUUCAUCUUCCUCAUCAUCAAGUUCGUCUGGUAGUGAUUCUUCAUUUUCAGAUUCAGAAGAAUCAUCAUCGUCACAAAACAGUAAUAAUAAAUCUUCUCCUGAGAAUGAUAAAAAUGUGUCAAAGAGAGUAAAACCAGUUAACAAUACUGCCAAACCUAAAAAAGUUGAAGAAAAAAAAGUUGCUCCUUCAAAGCAAAUCAAUUUGAAAAAAGGUUCCGCAAUAUAUUCAUCGGAAUCAGAUGAAGCUCCUGUGAAAGCAGCACCUGUCAAAAGAAGAUUAUCGACUACUAAACCCAAAGUAACUGCCACUGUUAAUGUAGUACAAAAACAAGCUAGAAAUAAUUCAAAUUCUGUUAAAAAUACUAAAACUGAAAAUUCGCAUAAGUUAAUCUCCGACAAAAAUAAUCUCAAAAGUUCUACAAAGGCUCGAAGUAUUUUUAGUCCAGAUAAUUCAAGUGAAAGCGAUAUAGAAAAAAAUGUAAAAUCUAGUGGUGUUAGUAAUAAUAAUAGUUCGAAAGGAAUAUCGAAAACAUCGCUAAAUAACAAAUUAAAAGAAAAUGAAAUCAAGAAAAAUACUAAAAGAUCAAAGAGUUCAGCCAGUGCUUCAUCAACUGAUUCUACUGAUAGUACUUCAGAUUCUGACAGCUCAAAUAACUCAUCAAUCGUUAAUAGUAAAAUAAAAUCGAAGCCCAUUUUGGAAAAACAAGACUCAGAAAAAACAGAAUCGGAAAAUUCUAGAAACCCGACAAAAUCGAAAACUUCCGAAGGUUCAGAAGUCGAAAGUAAUAAAAGAGGAAUAAUAACGAGAAAAUUAACAAGAUCGUCUAGUGCUAGAAGAUCGAAACAUUUAACUGGUAAAAUUGGAACCGACAGCGAAUCCGAAACAGAUGUAAAGAGUUCAAAAACGGGUAAAAAAGUAGGUCCAAAAGGUCCCAUCAAUCGAAAUAAAAAUUCUAAAGGUUUGCCCUCGAGAACUACAACUCUCGUGUGUGACGUAAUCACGGAAAGAAAAUGUCCGGUUGAAGGUUGUAACAGUUUGGGUCACUUCGGAGGAAAUUACGAAAAACAUUUCACGGUCGAAGCUUGUCCUUUGUAUCACAAUAAAACACCUGAAGAAUGUAGAAAAAUGGCCGAGGAAAGAAAAAAAAGAGAUGACGAAAGGAAGAAAGCCGUGAUGGCAAUGAGUCGUAAAUCUCCCAAAAGUCAUUCUCAUCAUUUGAACAGCGAGCAACGUACCUACCAAUUGAAAGUCAAAGAAGCGAGAGAAAAAUUUUUAGAAAAAAUGGAUGUCAACGAUGUGAAAACCGAAGAGAAAGACAGAGAACCCAGACUGGAGGGAAUCGCUUCCGAACACGAUCUCAGAUUAUUUCAAGAAGCUCAAGCCAUGGCCAGCGAAAAAAUAGAAGACGAUUUGAAAACUCUUCCGAACAUAAAACAAACGAAAUACGUCGAAAUGGGAAGGUUCGAAAUGGAAGUUUGGUAUCAGAGUCCAUAUCCGGAAGAUUAUGCCAAAUUACCCAAAUUAUAUUUGUGCGAAUAUUGUUUGAGAUACAUGAAAACGAGAACGAUAUUAAAACGACACAUUGUUAAAUGCGUUUGGAGGCAUCCUCCCGGUGAGGAAGUGUACAGGUUGAGCGUUUGGGAAGUGGAUGGUAAAAGGUACAAACAAUACUGUCAGAAUUUAUGUUUGCUGGCGAAAUUUUUUCUCGAUCACAAAACUCUUUAUUACGACGUCGAACCAUUUUUAUUUUACGUAAUGACGAUCAGCGAUUCGGAAGGAUGUCACACCGUCGGAUAUUUCAGCAAGGUAAGAGAAAAAACAAUUAUCAUUACGUCACAUUAUCACGUCACAAUUUUAUUUAAAAGAAAUCGAUUGUAUUGGUCGUCCAAAAGGGAAGGGAAGGGAGGAUUUUGGGGGUUAAACGAACGACAAAAGAUGAAAAUAAUCGGGAAAAGGAUUGAAUCGGAAGCCGAAGGGUUGGUUAUCGGGGAGAGGGCGGGGGGUUGUCAUGAAUGUGGCGGUUAUGGCGGCGUUGGGAGUCGUUCGUUGGAUUCGUCCUCUUGUCCUAUUGUGAGCCAGCAACCUCCUCUCACUUACACAUGGAAAGCAAGGUCGCGAUUACAGAAAGAAAAGAAAAAAGUUGCAGAAUCAUCAUCAAUGAGAGAAGAAUUCAGAGGUCUAUUUCGGGGAGUUGAAAAGAAUUCAUUUUUAAAUUACAACGUUUCGUGCAUUUUAACAUUACCGCCCUAUCAAAGGCAAGGAUACGGAAGGUUACUGAUCGAUUUUUCGUACCUUCUGACAAGAGAAGAAGGAAAAAUCGGAUCCCCGGAAAAACCCCUGUCGGAUUUGGGUCUCAUAUCUUAUAGAAGUUAUUGGAAAGACGUUCUGCUCGAGUACUUGUGUAAUUUUGGUGGAAAAGAAAUAAGCAUCAAAGACAUAAGUCAGGAAAUGGCGAUAAAUUCGUACGAUAUCGUGAGCACGCUUCAAGCUCUCGGAAUGAUGAAAUACUGGAAGGGAAAACACAUAAUACUUAAAAAACAAGACGAAAUUGAAGAGUACAUAGAUAGAGUCAAAAGGAGAGACAUGGCGCAUAAGGAAAUUGAUAAGAAAUGUUUAAAAUGGGCGCCGUUCACUCCGACACAACCGCAAAACAGUUCGUGA